AUGUUUGGGAGGUCUGACAAGAAUAUUGAUAAUCUUGCUGGGGAUAUGAGUCAAUUGUCCUUUGAUUCGCCAUCGAAAAGCUUGAAUUUUAAUGGAGGUAACGUGACACCUUUGAGGCACAGAGAUAGUAACACAGGUAGGUUUACAAACAACAGAAAUAUGGAAAUCAGCACACCUACACCUUCCCCCACAAAGUCAACGCUUUGUGGCAUGGAGAUUGAUAGUGAGGGUGAUAGUUCAGGCGCCAUGAUGGAUGACGAGACCCAGGAUAUUUUAAAAUCACCCAAAAAAUUGCCUCAAGAUUUUUAUGACAAGGCCACAUCCAACAAGACCCAAAGGUUGGUUAGUGUCUGCAAAAUGUAUUUUUUAGACUACUACUGUGACAUGUUCGACUAUGUGAUUAGUAGACGGCAGAGAACUAAGAAAGUCAUGCAGUAUUUGGAGCAACAAAAAACGGUGAACAAUGUAUCUGCUACAGAAUUGAAUGACGAAUGGUACUCUUAUUUGCAAAAGGAGCACGAAGUGCUAAGGAAGAGAAGAUUGAAGCCCAAACACAAAGAUUUUGAAAUGAUAACCCAAGUCGGUCAAGGUGGAUAUGGGCAGGUUUAUCUCGCAAGAAAGAGAGACACCAAAGAAGUCUGUGCGCUUAAAAUCUUAAACAAGAAGCUGCUUUUUAAGUUGAACGAAACAAAUCAUGUUCUUACUGAGAGAGAUAUAUUAACCACAACACGGUCAGAAUGGCUGGUAAAACUUCUUUACGCAUUCCAAGACGCUGAGAGUCUAUUUUUGGCUAUGGAAUUCGUGCCUGGUGGUGAUUUCCGUACGCUGCUGAUCAAUACAAGGUACCUGAAAAGUGCACACGCAAGAUUCUAUAUCAGUGAGAUGUUUAUGGCAGUGAACUCGUUACACGAAUUAGGAUAUACCCAUCGAGACUUGAAACCAGAAAAUUUCCUGAUAGAUGCUAAGGGCCAUAUCAAGUUAACGGAUUUUGGACUGGCAGCGGGUACCGUGUCCAACGAAAGAAUUGAAAGUAUGAAAAUAAGAUUGGGUGAGGUCAAAAAUCUGGAGUUCCCGGAAUUCAAAGAAAAAUCCAUAGAGGACAGAAGGAAAAUGUACCACAAUUUGAGACAGAAAGAGGUAAAUUACGCCAACUCAAUGGUUGGUUCUCCGGAUUAUAUGGCAUUGGAGGUAUUGGAGGGCAAAAAAUACGACUUUACCGUCGACUAUUGGUCUUUAGGUUGCAUACUAUUUGAGAGUUUGGUAAGUUAUACUCCAUUUAGUGGGUCUUCGACUAACGAAACAUAUGAGAAUUUGAGACAUUGGAGACAAACAUUAAGACGUCCCCGUCUUGAUAAUGGUAGGCCAGCAUUUUCUGAUAGAACCUGGGAUUUGAUUACAAGGUUGAUUGCCGAUCCUUUUAGCAGAUUGAGGUCCUUUGAGCAUGUUAAAAGAAUGCCGUAUUUCGCCGAUAUAAAUUUUGAGACGUUGCGGAACCUGUCGCCUCCAUUUACCCCACAGCUGGAUAGUGAAACGGAUGCCGGUUAUUUUGAUGAUUUCACCAAUGAGGCGGAUAUGGCUAAGUACGCUGAUGUCUUUAAAAGGCAGAACAAACUAUCUGCAAUGGUCGACGACUCAGCCGUUAGUUCCAAACUUGUUGGGUUUACAUUCAGGCAUAGGAGUGGGAAGCAAGGUUCUAGCGGUAUCCUUUAUAAUGGUUCGGAACAUUCAGACCCGUUCGCUACCUUUUAUUAG